ACUCAAGCGCGUGCACGUACACACGCGCACGCGUAAACACACACACACACACACACACACACAGUCGACAACAGCACUCUUACCAUCUCCAUUUUCAAUUUCCUAAUCUUUUCAUCCAAACUCUUCUUUCCCGACUCUUGACCGGUGUCGUGCGCGGUGGUCAGCUUGGCGUCUCCCCGGACAGAGGACGCCUCUUCCCGCAUCCACCUGAGCAAACCCUCGGGAGUCUUCCGUCCGAUUUUCACCUCUAUGUCUUUCAGAUCUGGGAUGGUCUCGUUGGCAGUGCCUUCGUCCAUCGUGUUUGUGUUUUUAGAGCAAAAAAAGAUCCGCAAGAUUACGUCCUUUUCGUUUUUUGGAAAUUGUUGCCUGGCAAGGUGCGAGAGUCACUUCCAAUAGGACUGUAUGUCAUCCUAUGCGACUCCAGCUGAGUUAGACUGCGCCAGGAGAGAAAAACAACAACUGACAGCAUCAGCACAACAGCUAUGAAAUGUUCUCACUGGAGACUAAUGUUGAGAUGAACUCCUGAUUUAGCCGCAUUGUCAUUGGUGUCAAACUGAUGAAGCCCGUAUGUCUAAAGAAACCUAUGAUCACCAAGUUAAAACAGAUGAUAACUAUUAUUUCCAGUGUCUUAUUGUUUGGCCCCCUCCACAGCGCUAGAUACAGCCUAACCUCCGGAGUCCCGUGCCCGGUGUAUGAGCGCUGCAGGCCGGUUAUGUGGCUGGUUGGAGAUCUCUACGCUCAGCUACAUUGCGCAGAUUCCACCUGCAUGAUGACAGCGACCAGCGACCGCAGAGUGGGAGAGGAGACUGCAAAGUUAGCUGUAAUGACACUAUAGAGCUUCCGAUGAGAACAAGCAACAGACAAUGAGCUGAUGAUGGCAGACCUUGACAAGCAGCAGGUAGAGAAGGAGGAGAGCAGGAGGCCAUGGAGGCAGACAGUACAGUGGACAUUGAGUCUCUCAUGGAGGACAUGGACUACAUACCCGGCCACUUUCACCUGCACCUCAACCUCAACUGUGAACCUGUUGGGCCUGUGAAGCUAAGACUCAGAGACACUUACCUAAAACAAGAGAGCCUGCGAGGCGAGCUUGAGGCUGAAGUGGGAUAUCUACAGUACGCUGUCCGAAAUCUGCUGGGUUUGCUGGCUUUUCACCUGGAACACUUUGACACAGCUGAGGAAAUAUUCAGAAGCAUUUGUAAAGAAGACCCUGGUAACCUUAAUGCCUGGGCCAACCUUGGCUACGUGUACGACAAGCUGGGGAGAGAGCUGGAUGCAGGGGAGUGUGUGGACAAAGUGUCCCACCUUAUGGGGUUAGACGCUGGAGAGGCCUUUCAGGAUGAGGCCAGGCUUCUGGCUGCUCGCUGCCUGGUUGAGCAAGCUUACGUUCAUCCUUACGACGUGGAGCUGGCCAAUGAGGAGGUCCUCAGAGACAGACUGACGGCAGCAUUGACACUUUACAACCGAGCCCUGGACUAUGGGGGUCAGCUGAUACCAAUAGAGGAAAAACGAAGCUGGUAUUUUAAAAUGGCGACCAUCUAUAUAAGACUGGACGACAUAGUGAAGACCAAAGCAGACUCUGAAUACUCCAGACUUUCUCACUACAAUAAGGGGCUGAAGCUUCUCAAAGAAGCACUAGAAUUGGAGAAAACGCAACAAAAAGCUCUUACCUGGUGUUACAUCGGUAUCAUGUUGGAGAGGAAGGAAGAGUUCACCACCGUGCCCAUGUCUAUACAUGACUGUGGCUACUCGGCUACUGAUCCUCUAUCCUGCUACGGAACUGCCAUAAACUUGGCCAGUGAUGAUGCACUCACCCUGAACCUUUUGGCAAAGGUCUUCUUUCUGUUGGGCAAACAUGAGAUGGCAACAGGGAUGUGCAACAUGGCCCUAAACAUGCUCCCAGACCCAGAGCUCAACUGGCAGGCCUACUGCACCCGUGCCAAGAUCAAUAUGAUGCUCUAUGUCAGGGAUUUGGAGAAGGUAAAACAUGGACAAGGUGAAAUUCCAGACCGACAGAAACUAACUGAGGCCAGAAAAGACUUGGACAAGGUGCUGACUGUACGCCAAUGUCUGCGGACUCACCUGGAGAUGGCACAGGUGUACUACUACAUGGGCAUAGAUGCACUCCAGGAGAGUCUUUUGGUGGAUGAGGGGACAGUGAACAGUGCAUUGGUGAGUCUGUCCCAUGCCCUACAGUUUGAGCUGGGUGACAGCCUGCCGGACCUCCACCUGCUUAGAGGACGCUGCCUCCUGCUGAAGGGUGAGGAGCAGAACGCUGCAGACUGCUUCAAACGGGCAGUGGAGUUGGAGAGACCAAGGAGCACAGACACCACAGCACUGCGCUGCCUCCUACAGGCCCUCUUGACUUUGUUCAUGCAGGGAGGCCCUGACCCAAGCCUCGCAAUCACCCAACUGGAGCUGUGGGUGCAAAAGGCAGAGGACAGGUACCCUGAGGACAUUGUGAAGUCCGUGCUGAGGUGCCUUUACAGGACUCGCACAGCAGAGGUCACAGAGUUAUCCAGGGCUCUGAUCAGGACAGGCAGACUGGACCUAGUGAGGAGGCUACUGGAAACAGUGAUGCCUAAACAACUGGUUAAGAAGAGACCAAUGGAUAGGUCUUUCUCUUUUGCAUGAAGCAAAUAUGUGACUUUAAUACAAUUUCAGGCACAUGACCUGACCAGAUUAGACAUGCAGUAAUUAAUAAACUUCUUAACAGCAUUUCACAGAUACGGCUGAACAGCAGCGGUGCACUGUAAUUAAACUGUCUUUACUAUAAGUGUGUAUGUCUUUAGGCUGAUUCUUCUAUUAUUAAGUUUCGGAACGGUUGGAUCGGCAGAGUAACCAACAGUUACAGUGUUAAAACACUGGGGGUAUUCCUUUUAAGCUUGCUUUACAUUGGAAAAUAUGUUAAAACCUUUGAGUUUUCUUACAAAAUGCCCUGUUUUCCCUUCCACAGUGACUGUAUUAAUGACAAAUGAGUUGUUUCCAACACAAGUAGUCCUAAUGCUGCUUAGUAAUAUGUGAAUCACGUCACACUAUCUCUUAUUGAGUGGGAUAUUUCAAUGCUCUAUCACUAAUGACCAGCAGAUGGAGGUGUAAUCCAUUAAGAUGUUGCCUGGUUAAUGAAAGGUUGUUUGUGACUAUGAAUAAAAGACAAGU